UUCUCUUAAAAAAAUUCUAAAAUCUUUCAUCACUGCGCCCUUCCAAUUUUCCACCAAAAUCGAUUUUCAAUCUAAAUCCUCCUUGCACAAGCUCUACUCAAACAACAAUCUUCGCGUAACGCUCCUUGCGCAAACUCUUUCAUUCUCACGCAAAACAAUCUUCAAUGUCUUCUCUCUCAAGAACCCUCUCGACAUCGCUCGACCUGAAUGAAAAAGGGGAAAAACAUGAUUAGGGUUUCUGUGUUGAGUACAGUUUUCUCGUGAUUUUCCCCCUUUUCUUGCAACUCUACAUCGAUAAGGGUUUUGGCAUCUUGCGACACUUGCAAAAGUUUUACCUCUUCGUGACUUGGUGAGCUUGUGGAGAGGCAACUAGAGCAAUUCCAAACCGAUUGUGAUGGUGAUGAACAAAAGGAAAAGCCUUCUGCUUCAGGAACUGACUUAGUUUUGUACAGGAGCGAUUCGUAAAAAGAAGACAACAUCUUGUGGAUCCCAAUUCUUCCACCUUGAAGCAUAUACAUGAUCGGAGUUGAGCCCACAUUGUAGUGUUUUCAUUCUACACAACACGGUCAAUUAUGAAGCGAACUAAAAGGUCAACAAAGAAGAGAGUUGUAAAGAAGUGUGGCAUAUGUUGAAGGCCUGGACAUAAGAACUCAUAUGAAUGGAAUAUAUACUAACAUGGGAGUAUGUCCACAACAUGACUUGCUGUGGGAAAGCUUUGACUGGUAGAGAGCACCUACUUUUUUAUGGAAGACUUAAAAAUCUUAAAGGUUCAGUCUUGACUCAAGCAGUAGAAGAAUCUUUGAAGAGUUUAAACCUUUUCCAUGGAGGGGUUGCUGAUAAACAAGCUGGAAAAUAUAGUGGUGGGAUGAAGAGGAGGCUUAGUGUUGCAAUUUCAUUAAUUGGGGACCCCAAAGUUGUUUAUAUGGAUGAGCCAAGUACUGGAUUAGACCCUACUUCAAGAAAAUGUUUAUGGAAUGUUAUCAAGCUUGCAAAACAGGAUCGUGCAAUCAUUUUGACAACACAUUCUAUGGAAGAGGUGGAGGCCUUAUGUGAUCGAUUAGGAGUAUUUGUAAAUGGUAACUUGUAGUGCAUCGGAAAUCCAAAGGAGUUAGGAGCUCAGCAUCAUCAGAUCUUGAUUGAGCGACUCAGAUUUUGAGUUCACUAAAAUGGUUUUAAAAGUAUUUGAAAUGCUCAAUAAAAUUUGAGUCAAUCGGUAAAGAUCGAACUAUACUGUACUGACUGCGUGAAUGAAAGAAUCCUUAACUGCACGAUAUCAGUAAGGUCAUUUAUCAGCAUUUAUAUGGUUAAUGUAUGCAGGUUUGAAUGCAACUUUAGAACUCCAAGCUGCAUACACUUGUACCGUUUUUUCAAUUUAGUGACAAAUAUAAAGUGCCAAUUUAAACCAUGUAUAUUUUGACUUAUUAUAGCUACUUCUGUUGUUUUGUCAUAGCUAAAAGCCAGAUAUGGAGGAACUUAUGUGUUGACAAUGACAACAUCUUCGGAUUGCGAGAAGAAUGUAGAGAACAUGGUACGACAGCUCUCUCCAAAUGCCAACAAGAUAUACCGUCUUUCUAGAACUCAGAAAAAGAGAUGGUCGAGACCAACAAAAGUUUAACCUUUCUGAUGCAACAUUUAGGAUUUGUUGGAUCUUCUUCUCGUCCAAGUUCAUCACCACAACCCAACGAUGAAACUGAUUAAGAUAGUGGGGAUGAGGACAUUGGUAGUGAUCAUAUUGAGUAGUAUUUGUUUUUAUUUUGUUAAAUUGGUUGUAUCAUGUACUGGUAAUACUUAAUUUUUUUUUUGUUUAGAAUUAUCACAAUAGUUGGAUCAUGCUUUAAUAAAUA